CACACUGUUCAAUGCGUCUCCAAGUGCGCACGACCCGUCUGCAGCAGCGCUCGCUCUGCAGACCGCCUGCCAGGCAUCUGGAAACUCUGCGUUCAUUUCUGGAACCUCCGCUUUCCACUCAGUCACCCCCCAACAGGUGGAUUAAGUCGAAUCGGACAUGCACAUUGGUGGAAAUUAACCCCAGGGGGUAAAGUGGAGGUGUUGCAGAACUAGGUCUGUUCUACCCUGGAAAUUCGUGAACUCGUGGCUUUUUUAAAAUUCUUUCUUUCUUUUUCUUUCUUUUUUCCUUUUUACCGGGAUUUUUUUUUCUUCUUGUUGUUUUGCGCUGUGAGAUGAAUGUGAUGUUUUGACGCGCAUUAAGACCGAAUGGAAAUUAAAACGCACGGGAUCAGGAUGUAUUCAGAAGUGCGGCGAAGUGACAAAAAAACGACAGUGGAGGAUGCAGACUGAAGCAGAUAAACAGAAUAAAGACAAACUGGCUACUGAGGGCACUAACAUAUCAUCAAGGAGGCGCUUCUCAUGAAUCCGUCAUCUGCUCUGAAUUUGAGAAGUUGAGAUAGACAUUUUUUUAUGCUACUCUCCAAAGGAAGAACCUUGAUCUUCGAGGACGAUGUUCCAAUGUUCAACAGCCCUAAGUGUGAAGUCCCUCAGCCUGGCAGCAGCUGUAGCAGUGUUAGUAGGGUGCCAGUAAGCUGAAUCCUUGGGAGAUGUCACAGCUGUAUUACCGGAGGACUGACAGCUCUUCAUACCGGGACCGCAUCCCGUUACGAAUUGUGCGGGCUGAGUCGGAGCUGUCGCCGUUAGAAAAAGCCUACCUCGGAGCUGUGGAGAAGGGAGACUACGCCAGUGUCAAACAAGCCCUGGAGGAGGCAGAGAUCUACUUUAAGAUCAACAUCAACUGCAUUGACCCCCUUGGCCGCACGGCUCUGCUCAUUGCCAUUGAGAAUGAGAAUUUGGAAAUCAUUGAGCUUUUGCUGAGCUUCAGUGUCUACGUCGGUGAUGCCCUGCUUCACGCGAUCCGCAAGGAAGUGGUGGGAGCCGUGGAGCUGCUGCUGAAUCAUAAGAAGUCAAGUGGAGGCAUGCAGGUUCCCCCUAUCUUAUUGGACAAGCAGUUUUCUGACUUCACCCCUGACAUCACUCCCAUCAUUCUUGCUGCACACACCAAUAACUAUGAAAUUAUCAAGCUUCUGGUGCAGAAAGGUGUGUCUAUGCCACAGCCACACGAGGUGCGUUGCAACUGUGUGGAGUGUGUGUCUAGUUCAGACGUGGACAGCCUGCGGCACUCUCGGUCUCGCCUCAACAUCUACAAAGCGCUGUCGAGUCCCUCUCUAAUUGCGCUCUCCAGCGAAGAUCCCUUUCUCACUGCAUUCAGGCUCAGCUGGGAGCUGCAGGAGCUCAGCAAGGUGGAGAAUGAGUUCAAAUCUGAGUAUGAGGAGCUGUCUCAGCAGUGUAAACAGUUUGCUAAGGACCUGCUGGACCAAACAAGGAGCUCCAGAGAGCUGGAAAUGAUCCUGAACUACAGAGACAAUGCCAACUUAUUGGAAGAGGAGGGCAAUAACGACCUUGCAAGACUCAGACUAGCAAUCAAGUACCAUCAAAAAGAGUUCGUGGCUCAGCCAAACUGUCAGCAGCUCCUGGCCUCGAGGUGGUAUGAUGAGUUUCCCGGGUGGAGGCGGCGCCACUGGGCAGGAAAAUUCAUCACCUGUGUCUUUAUUGGCCUCCUCUUCCCUGUUUUUGCCCUUUGUUACCUCAUCGCACCCAAGAGUCGCUAUGGCCUCUUCAUCCGCAAGCCCUUCAUCAAGUUUAUCUGCCACACGUCAUCGUACCUGACCUUUCUGUUCCUGCUGCUGCUUGCCUCCCAGCAUAUUGUCACUACAGAACAAGACAGGCAGGACCGACAGGGCCCUCCGCCGACCACUGUAGAGUGGAUGAUACUACCAUGGGUGUUGGGAUUUAUUUGGGCAGAGAUCAAGCAAAUGUGGGAUGGUGGUUUCCAGGAAUAUGUCCAUGACUGGUGGAACGUGAUGGACUUUGUCAUGAACUCUCUUUACCUGGCUACUAUAUCCCUCAAGAUUGUAGCCUACACCAAGUACAGUGGUACUAAACCCAGGAACCAGUGGGAAAUGUGGCACCCCACUUUAGUAGCUGAGGCAGUGUUUGCCAUUGCAAACAUAUUCAGUUCCCUGCGCCUCAUCUCCCUCUUCACCGCUAAUUCCCAUCUGGGGCCUCUGCAGAUCUCACUCGGCCGGAUGCUGCUGGAUAUCCUGAAGUUCCUUUUUAUUUACUGUCUGGUUCUUCUGGCCUUCGCUAACGGACUCAACCAGCUGUACUUUUACUAUGAGACAAAAGCUUCAGAAGAGAAAGGAAAAUGCAAGGGGAUCCGCUGUGUAGAGCAGAACAAUGCUUUCUCCACGUUGUUUGAGACCCUGCAAUCCCUUUUCUGGUCUAUCUUUGGACUAAUCAGCCUCUAUGUAACCAACGUGGAUCCAGACCACCAGUUUACAGAAUUUGUUGGCGCCACCAUGUUUGGGACGUACAACAUCAUUUCCCUGGUGGUGCUCCUCAACAUGCUGAUAGCCAUGAUGAAUAACUCUUACCAGCACAUUGCUGACCAUGCAGACAUUGAGUGGAAGUUUGCAAGAACAAAGUUGUGGAUGAGUUACUUUGAGGAGGGCGCCACGGUUCCCGCCCCUUUCAACAUCAUUCCGAGCCCCAAAACAUUCUGGUACCUCGUGUGUUGGAUCAAGAGACAAGUGUGCAAGAGGACUCAGUCCAAGAGAACCGAAACCUUUGGAACUCUUGGAAGACGGGCUGCGGAAAACGUGAGGAUAAACCUUCAAUAUCAGGAGGUAUUGAGGAACCUGGUAAAACGUUAUGUGGCUGCAAUGAUCAGAGAUGCUAAGACAGAGGAGGGCCUGACUGAAGACAACUUCAAGGAGCUGAAACAAGAUAUUUCCAGCUUCCGUUAUGAGGUGAUGGGCAUGAUGAAGACGGGAAAGCCUGCUCUACAGGGCGCGAUGGCCAGUUCCAGUUCACUGGAAUCCAGUCUUGCUUAUCCAAAUUCCUCGCUCAAAAUUUCCCCUGGCCUUCCGGCCAGCCAGGCAAAGAGCAAGCUCAACCGAUUCAAGAUCACUGCAUCCAUCCUCAAACAAGCCAGCUCUCUUGCUUCACCCAGGCCUCCUGAAGCAUCCAACGGUCUUCCUAACGGACUCUUGGCGUCAGAUGAGGGUUGCAGUGAACCGUCGAGCCAGUGGAGAAACUGCUCCAAAGAUAUUAGUGACUUUAGUGUGUUUCAAAAACGCCACUGGAGUGGUAAAGAAGUCCCAUCAGGGUCAGGCGAGGUUCUGAGAGAGAUGUACUCUCUGUCAGAGGAGGCAGGAGAGUCAGGGGGUUCAGACACAGAAAAGGAGAGUAAGGAGGUUACAGCCAAGGCUGAAGGAGAACUGCUGGUGAAUAAAUCGGACGCAGAGUUUCCAGAGAAUAAAGAAGAGCUAAACAUUAACAGAAGCCUUGAAUGUGAAGAUAAACAACCUGAAGAAGAGAAAAAAAAAUCUAGCUCCACAAGAAAGGAACCAUGAUAUAUGAAGAUGCAUGAAGAGCCUUGCAAAAACAUUCCUUUCCUUUAACUUAUUUCAUGUUGCAGUCACACACCAACACCCACCAAUCGUGAAGUGAUGAGCAUUUGUAUGUAGGUUUCUUUUUCUCUAAUACCCCUAAAUAAAUUUGAGUGGAAAUGGCUGUCUUCAGACAUCAGCAUACUACACAGUAUAUAUUCAGAGAACUAGCUGAGAGGAGAUGAGAAGAUCCACAGACCAGGUUGACAGAAUAGCUGUUUGUCAUGCACUUUACAAAUCUGGCCUUUAA